ACCCCAAAUUAUGGAUGUUUAGUUGAACGCGUUCUUAUGGUUGCAAAAGGCCUCUUCGUCUCUGGUGGUCUUAGCAAUAUUUUGAUAUGGAGUCUGCGGUUGUUAAACCGUUGACACGAAGACGCGGCAAUAUCAAAUCAGACAACCCAGUCGCCAAGAACGCAAACGUUAACCAGAUGGAGAAUGUUGGUAACUGCGAACCCCAUGUUAACUUCAAGGUGGAUACUUUGGCCGACCCUGUUUCAAACCUUUGCAAGCCUGUAACCUGUCCCUCUUUUCGGACGUUUCGUAAAAAUGCCGAGAACAAAGCCAACGAGAACGUCGAGACCACACCAGCGACUGCCGUGGGAGAAGAUGAAGCGACGAAACCUGAGGUAAAUUUAGAAGAGAAAGAUGUGUGUUGUGAUGCCCGUACCCCCUCUCCCGAGUAUGACGUGCUUGAGGUUGUCGAAACGAAUCCUCGCAUGCUAGAAAAAUCGGUACCGUCACCCACACACUCCUCAGCUGAAAACCACAACGGUAUGUGUAAAUCACCCCACACAAACGAACAGCUGACUUCGUUUCAACCUUCAAACCCUCAUUGUGAAAUAGAUUCAUUCGUCCCCAAUGUCACAACUGACCAGAUUGAUUCAUUCGUUCCCGGUGUUAUAACUGACCAACCUGACCAGAUAGAUUCUUUCGUCCCCAAUGUCAUAGUUGAACAGAUAGAUUCAUUUUUCCCCGAUGUCAUAACUGAAAAAUCUGACCACAAAGACUCACCUGUCCCCCAUGUGAUAACUGACCAGGUAGAUUCAUUCAUUCCCGAUGCCCCAACUGACCAGGUAGAUUCCUUUAUUCCCGAUGCCACACCUGACCAGUCUGAGCUAAUCCCAGACACGGUGCAGACGUUUGUCCAGCCGGUCGUGUCUGAGGUGAGUUGCAACGACCAGGAGGUGGAGGACUUCCUCUCUAACUCUCGUCAUCUGGGUGGUCCUCAAUUGCCGGACCGUGACUCAGUCCUCUCCCAGCACGGGGACAAUCAGAUGCCGGACCCAAGCCCACCACCGCGGGCUGAGUACGGGCUUCAGCUAAUCAAGCCAGACGAGCGAGACUCGCUGAGUGAAAACAAAGAAGAUCUGCAGCUAGAUCGUGGCGAGACACAGAGCAACUCCGUGUAUGUUCUACAGGGCAGGUGUGAGCUGAACCCACCGAACCCUUACACGGCCACUGUGGUUUGUUCUAUAAACUCAGCCCAGCCUAUCGGGGAUUGUAAUCUACCCAACAUAGGUGAUACACAAGAACUCAAUCUUUCAAACAUCGGUGAUACACAAGAACUCAAUCUUUCAAACAUCGGUGAUACACAAGAACUCAAUCUUUCAAACAUAGGUGAUACACAAGAACUCAAUCCUUCAAACAUCGGUGAUACACAAGAACUCAAUCUUUCAAACAUAGGUGAUACACAAGAACUCAAUCUUUCAAACAUUGGUGAUACACAAGAACUCAAUCUUUCAAAUAUCAACGAUACCCAAGGCUAUAAUGCUCCAAGCAUUAGUGAUUCACAAGACAAACUGGAUCAGUUGGAUAUUAUGGAAAUGGAAGCAGUAAAAAACGGUAACGAGGAAGAUCUAGAAACGAAUGGUCAGUAUGGUGGUCAGUCAGAGGAAGACACGAUGCAGGUUCUAGACAGUUGUGACAUUGGGGAAAGUUGUUUGCCAUCCGAGCACGGGGAGGUUUGCACUUUGGACCAGAGUCAAGCAGUUUAUGAAGCGACCCACGGGGCAGGAGAUUUUGCAGUUAAUGUCCACACCGCGAAGGAUGUCUGCGACCAUGAAGAGAAUCAACACAUUACACAGGAAGAAACUUGUCCGUCGUUUGAAGAAAUAGACGAAAAACGUCUUUCCAUCGAUGAAUUAGAUGAGAAGCGUCUUUAUCCAGACGACUCAAGCAGUGGGUGUGUGUCGGCCGAUAAUAACGACGACCUCUGCGAUUCGGGCGCCGACGAAGAUAAACGUGUCGAUACAAAGGAGGGUGAGGCAGCCCCACGUCUCUCCUCCUCACACAACCACGCGGGCGACAACAACACACCUCAUCAGUCCCACAGGCUAGGUCCCGGUGAAGCCGAUGAGAUGUUCCGCUACUCCAGGAGAUGCAGCGAGGCGGGGCUGGUCGAUGCCCCAACUGACCAGGUAGAUUCAUUCAUUCCAACUGACCAGUCUGAGCUGAUUCUAGACAUGUUGCGGAUGUUUGUCCAGCCGGUCGUAUCUGAGGUGAGUUGCAACGACCUGGAGGUGGAGGACUUCCUUACUAACUCUUGUCAUCAGGGCGGUUUUCGAUUGACCUCUGGCAUUGCCAGUUCCAGCAAGAGCACGACAUUCAAAGUAACAGGGCUUUUAUACAACCUGCACCUGACAUUAUACUUCUCGAUAAUACUCGUUUUUAUUACCUGUAUUUACAUGACGCCCGUUAUGGUUGAAGCACGAACGCUUGAAUAUUGUACAAUUAUUGUCGGUGUGUUCGCAGUUCCCAUCAUAGGAGUUGCGAAUACGUACCUGCACUACGAACAGAACCGACAGCUAAAAGAAAUAAAGCGACUCAUAAUUGUUAAUCACCUGCUGCAAGGCUACCGUCCAACAAUAGAAACAGAAGACAAGGAACAUCUCAGCGUCCCAAGGAGUAGUGAAUCAUUCUUGGCGGAUUUGCUUGAAUAUUGAUUUUUUUUAUUUUUAUGAUGUACACUUGCAAACCCAUCUAAAAAUAACCAACAAACACCAGACACAACAUAUAAACAUACAUAUUAAAAAGAAUUAAGUUUUUUU